UAUUUUCUCGAUUGUCUCCCUUUGUUGUUCGGGAAUACAUUUAUUUAUAAAUCAAAAUGGCUGCCCCUAGCGUGGAUGAACUAAGAAAAGCAAUAAAAGGCAUCCUUAAAGGAGCUGACUUGGACAACUUGUCUACAAAAAAAGUCAGGAAAAUGCUUGAAGACAAAUUCGAGACAGAUUUCUCUAGCAGAAAAAAAGAGAUAGAUAAACUUGUAAUGAAAAUGAUAGAUGAUGAGGAUGAAGAAGAGGAAGAUGAAGAAAAGGAAGAAAGUAAACAAGAUUCAGACGAUGAAAAUGGUGUGGGCGAUGGAGACUCUGAAGAAGAUGAAGUGCCCAAGAAAAAGGCAAAAAAAGCUCCCUCUUCUUCAGCAUCAAAACCAAAGAAAAGGAAGUCAGCCACUAAAGCAGAUGAUAGUGAAGAUCCUGUAAUGUCAGAGAUAAAGGAGCUAAGAGAUGAAGACUUAGCCAAAAAAUUACAAGAGGAGGAGACUGGAUUGAGAAGGCGUAGGGCUGCAGCACCUAAACCUAAGCCCAAGAAAGAGAAAGAAAAAGACCCAGACAAGAAGAAGAAAACCUCACUGUACAGUCGACCAUGUCAGUUGUCAGAUCAGUUAGCUGCCGUGGUGGGAACCAAAGAGAUGCCAAGGCCGGACGUUGUGAAGACUUUGUGGUCGAUAGUGAAGGAGAGGAAUCUUCAGGAUCCUAAAAAUAAACAGUUUAUGUUGUGUGAUGAACAGAUGGAAAAUCUUUUUGGUCAAAAACGGAUCAAGUUGUUUGGUAUGAUGAAGUAUCUAAAGAAACAUAUAACUGAUAUUCCUCGUUAAUAGAGUUUUGUUAUUUUACACAGGUUUUUUUAAUGUUAAAAUAUUGAAAUACAACACUCACUAGUGUAUGCAUUUUAUAUAAAUAAAUAAAUUAUAUAAUAUAUCUAGCUCCAUUGUUAGAAAUAUGAAUGAAAAUCUGGUUUCAAAGCAGUACAUGGCUUUAACUUUCAAUUUUAGAAAUGUUUUGGAUUCUAUUGAAUAAUUAAAAAAAAAACUGGGAGAUUCAGAUUCAUUCCUUUAUUAGAUUGUUCAACGUGAGCAUGCAAGGUCUUAACUGGCCUCAAUGUGAAUGACUUGAAUGAAUGAAACAAACUAUUGAGUCUUCAAUCAAUGAUAACCAUGUCAAUUUGUUCAUUUGAAAGGAAGGUCAAUACUUAAGAGCUUGAAGGGAAGUAAAUGCUACUUGACACUCAUUUUUUUGUUUGUUUUAAAUCUCAAUAAUGCAGGGCUGCAAAGUCAUGUCCAAAAUGCACUUAAAGUACUUUGUUCCUGACAUCACAAAAGUGACUGUAUCCAUUCUUGUCAGUACUAAAAAUGAAUAGGAAUCAAACAUCCUAUUCUUUUUCUCCCAUCAUCUGUUUUGACUCUGCAGCCCUGGUUUUUUAUACCUGUGUUGAUUAGAAAUCUCAAACACUACUCUCUAGCUAUCCAUCUGUUUUCAUCAUUAUAAUAUCAUCUUUGUUAAGCACUACCAUUGUUUUAUUGGCCAUCCAAGUUCUAUGAAUCAAGUUAGUUCCACUGUGUGUCUGCUCUGGGUUUGAUAGUGUUCAUUUAGAUUCAUUAGUUGGACUAAACGUUUUGUUUUAUAGAAGAUAUUUAAUGCUAAGCUCUUUACAAUGACAUUUCUAAUGACAUUGACUAGUUCAGUGGGUGUCCAUGGAAGAUGAACUUCCUGAAAGAAAUGUUCUAAUCAAAUACAAAUGUUUUCUAUUUUAUUGUGUGCUUUAAGGACAAUGUCAAUGUAAAACUCUGUCAUUCUGUCAUGCCUUUUUUUUUUGUACUGUUUCUCUUUCUCUAGAGAUUUAUACAUCAUUUUUUUUUCAUAACAGAAAACAAGGAUAGAAUUUUUUUUUAAUCAUCUCUUUUUUAGUUGUUUGUAUGUACUUCAACUGAUAUUCCACUAGAGGAUGUAACUGGGUAUAUGACUAUGUGAAAGACUAAACUUGAUGUUAGAAACUUAUAUUUCUCACAAUUCAUCUUGUAAAUUUGACAUACUUUUUGUUCCUUAAUUCAUUUGGGUUAAUUUACACACACAGAAUAAUUUCCCACCCAUCAAAUUACUAUCAAAAUGUAACUGUAUAUAAUGAUGUAUUUAUGUGUUUUUGCAAAUGUAGUUAGCACAUCAUUUUUUUUCAUCAUUUUUCCUGGCCUGUUACAAUUGGAGAUUAGUGGACUGGAUGGAUGUCAGUUGAUUAAAAUAUUGUUUCAUUAUAAUAAAAAUGCUUUUUCAACAAAACAGAAGUGUGUGCUACUGUAA